UGGAGAACAUCCCCCGCUGGGAUGGGUUAGUCAGUCCUUUGUUCAGAGCUUCAAUGUAGCAAAGUCCCUCCAGAGGUAAGAAGCAGGACUGAAGACCAGAUGGAGAUGAGGCAUCAGCCUUAUGUAGGCUCUUCCAGGUGUAAGAACACUUCUUUGUUCUUACUGUGGAAAAUUACAGCAACAUGGAGUCUGCAGUCACAUGGGCAAGUCCCUGCAUACUUUGCUGAGUUGUAAGGUGCAUCUGCCUUCUCUUAAUGGGUCAGUUGUAGCUGAUGGUCCUUAAUGGGCCACCAAGCAGGCUAGGCAGAGCUAACACCCACUUGUCUGGGAUGUCACCCAGAAGCACAGCAUAAGUUUGAAAUACAAGACAGUAUAAAGCUAAUAUUCAUAACGUCAACUACAAAAUGAUACACACAUAGACAGCAUAAUCAUAACCAGCAACCCAUAACCUCUCCAUAGACCCCUCACACAACAACUUUUAUACAAUAUUUGCUGCAAAUAUAGAACAGUAGUUACAACAGUGAUCUCUACAGUUACAGAUUAUGUCAAUAACAUGACACUGGGCCACCAAUUUGCAGAUGAAAUUUAAUGUUGAUAAAUGCAAAGUAAUUGCACAUUAGAAAACAUAAUCCCAACUAUACUUACAAAAUGAUGGAAUCGCCUGUUACCACUAAAGAUAGAACUUGGAGUCAUUGUGGCUAGUUCUCUGAAAACAUUCACUCAAUGUGCAGCGGCAGCCAAAAAAGUGAACAGAAUGUUGGGAAUCAUUAGAAAAGGGAUAGAUAAUGAGACACACAAUAUCAUUGUGCCACUAUAUAUUUAUAGGUAUGCCCACACCUUGAAUACUGCCUGCAGUUCUGGUCACCACAUCUCAAACAAGGUUUAUUAGAAUUUUAAAAGGUUCAGAGAAGGGCAGCAAAAAUGAUUAAGGUAUGAAACAGCCUUAGAUUGUGCAGAGAGAUUAAUAAGACUGAGACUUUUCAUCUUGGAAAAGAGACAACUAAGGGGGGAUAUGAUAGAGGUCUAGAAAAUCUUGAAUGAUGGGGAAGUGAAUAAGGAAGCGUUAUUUACUCCUUUACAUAAUAAAAAGGAAAAGGGUCACCCAGUGACAUUAAUAGACAGCAGUUUUAAAACAAAAGGAAGCACUUCAUACAAUGGACAAUCAACCUGUGGAACUCAUUGCCAGGGCAUGUUGUGAAGGGCAAAACUAUAAUCGGGUUCCAAAAAGAAUUAGAUGAGUUCAUGGAGGAUAGGUCCAUCAAUGGCUGUUAGCCAAGAUGAUCAGGGAAAACCACAUGCUCUGGGUGUCCUUUGUCUCUGAUUGCUGGAAUCUGGGAGUGAACAACAGGGGAUGGACCCUGGGCAUGUGGAUGAGACCUACCAGCCAGACAGCUGGGAAAGAAUUAUUUGCACUGUCCCAUCACCAGCCGCUGGGGAGAUUUGCUGCUAGCGGUCACAGAUCGGCUCCAUGCCAUCGUAGGCAGCCCCAUCACACCAUCCCCUCCAUAAACUGAUCACACUCAGGCUGGAAGCCAGUUCGGGGUGUUGCCCCCACUGCUUCCCUUGGGCAGCUGCUCCAGAGCUUCACUCCUCUGGUGCUGGCCGCAGGCGGGAUGGCAGCGCUGUGGAGGUCGUACCAGCGGCUCAUGGCCCAGCACCCCUGGAAAGUGCAGAUCCUCACAGCUGGGUCCCUGGUGGGAGUUGGAGACGUGAUCUCUCAGCAGCUGGUGGAAAGAAGGGGCCUGAGUGGGCACAGCAGUCGCAGGACACUGAAGAUGAUGGCCAUUGGCUUCUGCUUUGUGGGCCCUGUGGUGGGAGGCUGGUACCAGCUCCUGGAUCGACUUAUCCCAGGAAACACCAAGAUGGUGGCAUUGAAGAAGAUGGCGCUGGAUCAGGGGGGGUUUGCACCUUGCUUCCUGGGCUGUUUCUUGGCCAUCGCCGGGGCACUCAACGGCCUGUCCGCCGAGGAGAACUGGGCCAAGAUCCGACGGGAUUACCUGGAUGCGCUGCUCACCAACUAUUACCUCUGGCCAGCUGUGCAGAUUGCCAACUUCUACUUCAUCCCCCUGAACCACAGGUGUGUUGUAAACAAGACACGAGAAGUCAUUCUUCCGCUUUACUCUGCGCUGGUUAGGCCUCAACUGGAGUAUUGUGUCCAGUUCUGGGCACCGCAUUUCAAGAAAGAUGUGGAGAAAUUGGAGAGGGUCCAGAGAAGAGCAACAAGAAUGAUUAAAGGCUGGCUGUCGUGCAGGUGGUGGCUGUCGUCUGGAAUUCCUACCUGUCCUGGAAGGCGAACCAGCUGUGAAGCCAUGGGGCCGGCUCCCCUCCCAUCCCCCCACCCAACCCAGUCUCCCCCAGCCUUCUGCCUGGCCUGCCCCACCCACGCCGCACCCUCCUCUGCGACUGCCAUAGUGAAUGGUUGUGGGGCCAGCGCCCCCUUCCUGUGCCCCCCACCCAGCCGCAGGGCCCCCACACACCGCACCCUCCUCUGUGACUGCCAUAGCGAAUGGUUGUGGGGCCAGCCCCCAUCCUCUUCCUUCCCAUGCUACACCCUCCUAUGCGGCUGCCAGAACAAAUGGCUGUGGGGCUGGUCCCCCUCCCCUUUCCCCCCAUCCAGCUGCAGGGCCCCCCCAUGCCACACCUGCUGUGACUGCCAUAGCGAAUGGCUGUGGGGAUGGCCCCCCCCUUCCUGUGCCCCCCCACCCAGCUGCAGGGCCCCCCCCAUGCCACACCCUCCUCUGCGACUGCCAUAGCGAAUGGCUGUGGGGCUGGUCCCCCUCCCCUUUCCCCUCAUCCAGCUGCAGGGCCCCCCAUGCCACCCCCUCUGCGACUGCCAUAGCGAAUGGCUGUGCGGCCAGCCCAGCAGUGGCUCUUGUGGGAUCUCCAGGGGGCCACAUCACACAGCAACUCUCAGACUGGGCCCCCUGGGCAGCCUCAGCAAAGAAAGCGCUGGCACGUGGUGCUGGGGGGUCUGAGCUGUGCCCCACGGCUGUCCCCAGCACGGAGAGAUUGAUUCCUGCCCCACGGCUGUCCCCAGAGUGACUGAGCUGCACCCCAUGGUGGUCCCUGGCACUGGGGUAGACCGAGCCGUGCCCCAGCGAUGCCCGCGGUGCUGAGGGUGAUCACGCCACGCCCCUGGCUGGAGAGCCCCUGCCCCGACGGGCCCUCGGAGCCGUUGUCCAUGGAGCCCAGGCAAGAAACUGGAGAAAUAAGCUCAGUGACUGGCCUUGCCGUUGCCCUACUGUUGGGGUGGGGCUGGGGCCAUCCUGGGACUCCAGGGGCUGGGACAGGGGCUGCAGGAGCCGAGGGCAGCCGGCAGGGGCUGCUCCCAGGAAGCAGGCUCGGCACCGGCAGCUGCCCAUGGUCAUAACCUGCUGCACAGGCAGGGCCGACGGGACGCAGCCUCCUGCAGCACCUGCUCCGCACAGGACAGUGGGGUAGCUGGGGCCAGAGCUCAGAGCAUCCACCUGGCAAUGACCCAAGGGGUUUCCAGCCAGCCCCCUCGGCUCUGAGCUCUGGGACCCUCUCACCUCGCGGGUGACCACACCGGUCCCUUUGGGCUUGGGGAUCUCGCAUUGCAGCCUGUGGAGCUGUACCGGUCUUGCCAGCCCAGGCCGGAGCCCCACGUCUGCACUGCCGUUGCUAGCCGUGCUGGUGCCAUUGGUACCAGUCCCUGCUGCACUCAGCCUUUCUGCACUGGGGCCAGCCUCACCGGGUGAGAGUGACGCUCCCCUCCCCCCGGCUCACAAGGUCUCGGGCAGGGGCAGAGGAUGUGCAAAGCACAUCCCUGCUUGGUGCCUCAGUUUCCCCCGAAGCAGGGCUGCUGAUGAUAAGCUGGAGCAGGCUUGGGCAGUGCCCACAUGGGUGGGGGCUGCGCUCUGGCCUCUCCACUCUGGGCAGAGUGAGCGUGUUAACUCGCUGGGAUGUCAGUGUGUGGGUCAGGCUGCAGAGUCACUUCUGGGGCAGCUGGUACCUGGCAGCUCACACGUGGCAUUGGCUGGAUCCCGGCAGGAGGUGGGCACGACGGGUGAGGUGGUGAGUGUGGGGCCCAGCCACUGCCAGCACUGCAGCAGGAAUGUUACCUCCCCGCCCUGCCAGCUCCCGGGGGCAAAGGACAGCUGUCCCGGAUCCCGAGGCCUGGUGCUCUCACAGCUCUGGCCCAGUCAGCCCCUUGGCUUCCCCACCUCCUGUGACCAAACGUCAGAGCCUUCAGCAUCCCUGGGUCACACCUCGAGCUGAGUCCACCCGAGCUGGACACGAGAGAGACUUGCACGCCCAGAUGGAGCAAUGCACCCCACAUUCUUUACCCUGCAGUGACCCCCAACCACAGGGGUAACUCCAAGAAUAUCCUUCCCGGGCCAGACACCAUUCCCAGCCGGGUUUCAGUCCACCCCUCCCACCCCCUUUGUCUUGAUUUCUUCCAUGUCUCAAGCAGUCAUCUUUGGGGGUGGGGUUCAGUGAAAAAGGAACCAAGAUUGACUCACUCCCCAGCCUUACAUCGGAUUUGAUAUGGCGAGACUGCUUUGUUUCCCACUUUGACCCCCCAGGAUGGGAGCCAGUACCAGGUGACCCUGCUGUGUCAAAGCAGCAGCCAGGAAACUUCUCAGGAAGGAGGGAGAUUCGCAUCUUCAAAGACCUAUUGGUCCUAAUGGCCCACCCAGCUGACUGCAUUCUGCGUGGUGGGCGUUCCGCCAGGGAAAACCCAGCUGUGACUGCUACAUAGUCAAUAGUCCUAACUUCAGUUACAGAGCUGAUACGUGCAUACAAAUUCAGUAAAGCAGAACCUUCCCAGCGA